ACCGCUCAGUCCGCUCGGAAUAAACACGGCAGUAAGACGCCGUGUCGUGUACACGCCCGUUAUUGACUUUGUCACACUUAAUUUAUGUUUGCUGCCUGGAAAUGUUUCAAAGAUCUAAUCUCAAGCCCGAAUCGUCCACCACAUACAUUUAAAAUGGACGCGUAUACCUUACCAACAUACUUUCCCUUGGCAUACACAGAACUACAGUUUUUAGCAUCGAGACGGGCGGCUGUUGCAGCUGCUGCGGCUUCUGCAAUACCAAGCUCACCUGGCAGCAACCACAGUAACCAAAUGCCCACAACUGAUGUGAGCAGCAGCUCUGUGUCAGUUGCUGUGUCUCCUGGGAUGCCUGUGACGCUGGCAGAUUCCAGCGUGCCAUGCACUUUAGCGCCGCCUUCGAAUGGACAAAUUCUCGGCGGCGGUGCCACCGGCGGCCAUCAUCAUCAUCAUCACCAUCAUGUUCAGGGCCCCAGUGUAGGUCAGCAGCAUGAUUUUCAUCCGGCCUAUAGAAUUCCAAGCUAUAUGGAGCAGUUCUAUUCGCUACAAAGAAGUAGCCCCACCGCCUCUUAUCAUGAUCCAUAUGCCAAUUGUCCGCCGGCGUUUCACUUGGCUGGAUUGGGCUUGGGUUCCGGUGAGUAUUUAAGUGCGAGAGGAAUGGGUUCCUUGAGUGAGCUGCAUCAUGCUGCUGUGGCCGCAGCAGCGGCAGCUGCAGCCGCGGGUUCUUUGGCCAGCACCGAUUUUCAUUUCAGCUUGGAUGGCAAUGGUCGUUUGAGUAGUCCGCGUCCACCAGGCGGUGGCAGUAUGCGUGCCAGUAUGAGUCGUAAACGUGCGCUUUCCUCAUCGCCAUACUCGGAUUCAUUCGAUAUCAACUCAAUGAUACGCUUCUCACCCAAUUCUUUGGCCACCAUGGUAAUGAAUGGAUCGCGGGCGAGCAGCGCUGCCAGCGGCUCUUAUGGCCAUCUGUCUGCCAGCAUCAGCCCCAUAACUCAUACGCCUCAUCUGCAACAGCUGCAGGCCCAUCUCCUCCGCGCUAGUGCCGGAAUUCUCCAUCCAAUGACCCCCCAACAGGCAGCGGCAGCAGCAGCUGCGAACUAUUCGAUGAGCCAUGUCACAGCUCUCGGUUUGACCGAGGUCUCCAUGAAAUCCAAGGAUCUGGCCAGCCAGCCAACAACGCCAACUUCGACUCUAAUUAGUGCAGUAGUAGAUGAAUCCACGAUGAAGCAAAUCACUUCGAUUAAGAAUUACGAGGAAGAUAGCACGGAUCGCAAAAAAAAUAACAACAGUAGCAAAAAACUCAUUGAACUACCAUCAUCUACGUCGGAGAGUGUUGCUCAAGUUGAGGCAGAUAGCGCGUCUGCAAAUUUGUUGGAGCGUCGCCAACGUAACAAGACAUUAUGCGGGGAUCAUCGGACGCAUAGCCACGAUGAAAAUCCAGAUCAUCAGUUUAACGAAUACGACUGCGCUACGGCGGAUACAACGGACAUUAAGGAUGAGCCGGGCGACUUCAUUGAGACGAAUUGUCAUUGGCGUAACUGCAGUGUUGAGUUCAUUACCCAGGACGAACUUGUUAAACACAUUAACAAUGAUCACAUUCAGAGCAACAAAAAAGCAUUCAUCUGUCGUUGGCUCGAUUGCUCACGUGGUGAAAAGCCCUUCAAGGCCCAAUACAUGCUUGUUGUCCACAUGAGACGCCAUACUGGGGAAAAGCCCCACAAAUGUACGUUUGAGGGAUGCUAUAAGGCGUACUCUCGUUUGGAGAAUUUGAAAACCCACUUACGCUCACAUACAGGUGAGAAGCCGUAUACCUGUGAGUAUCCGGGCUGCAGCAAGGCUUUUAGCAAUGCGAGCGAUCGUGCAAAGCAUCAGAAUCGAACUCACAGCAACGAGAAACCGUAUAUAUGUAAGGCACCAGGCUGCACAAAGCGUUAUACAGAUCCCAGCUCCUUGCGUAAGCAUGUGAAGACCGUGCAUGGAGCCGAGUUCUAUGCGAAUAAGAAACACAAGGGCCUGCCUCUCCAUGAUGCUAACUCUGGACUGGAGAAAAACAAAGAUGUACGAGAUGGUAAUCAGCAGCAUCAGCAACAUCAACAAAUUCGGUACCACCAGGAACUUCAAGAGCAGCACGUUGACUCUAGUCCCUGCAGCGAUGAUUUUCAUGGUGGCAAGCCAGUCAGUGUGUCUAGCCCGAGUAUUAAGUCCGAGUCCGAUCCAAAUUCACCCGGUCAAUUGGCUGCGCAGGCGGGAUCAUCUACACCUUCGGUUUCUGAUUGCCUUAUGCAAAUGUACAGGCAGGACGAUUUGAGCAGUCCAUCGGUGCCCACACUCGAUGAAUGUUGGCCCUAUGACGAUGAUGUGGAUGCGGUCGAUCUUCCCAUCGUGCUUCGUGCUAUGGUUAAUAUGGGUAAUGGAAAUGCGACACCAUGUGCAAAUCUGGCACGCCAGCGUUUUCGUAGUCGUCUACAAACCAAGGUUAUCAACUCGAGCAACUCUAUGCUGUCCAACAUACCGGAGAGUAAUAAUCACCAUCGGGCCAUUGGCAUACAAGAACUGAAUCAGCGUAUUACCGAGCUAAAGAUGGAACCGGGUACAGCUGUAGCUACUCAACAGCCAAUGCACUCAGGUCUUUCAUCCAUGGGCAAUUGUAAAGGACUGCAAUUAACGGAACUGCAAAGUCAGCCAACACAAGGUCAUAGCCGAGCAGCGGGACAGGUCAACGAUCAGCAUCUUCUUCAAUGUCACACUCAAUCGGCAGCUGCGGUUCAGUCCCAGCAGCGCCGAGAUAGCCAAAAUUCAAAUGCUAGCACAUAUUACUGCAGCAUGCCGAGUCGACGGAGCAGCCAAUCCUCACAGCUAUCAUCCAUAUCAACAAUGAGGGCCUAUACAGUAUAUAAUACGGCAUCGGGCACACCCUCUUUAUAUGAUCCCAUAUCGCCGGGAUGUUCUCGUCGGUCCAGUCAAAUGUCAAAUGUGAUUACAGCGCAGCAUCCUCAAAUGCCAAUCAGUCUUAUGAAUGAUGGUACACCAUCCGUACAUGCUACAUCGAUUAAUGCAGGUCAGCAGCCUAUUGCUAUAAAUGGAUCUCGAAACAGCAACAGCCUGCCCCCACCGCCAUCCUCUCAUCUCAUUGCAACACAUUUGCAGCGUUUGCAAUCAAACAAUACGAAUAGUUAUUCGAGUCCAAUUCAAAAUCAAUUAACAGUUAGUCAAAGCGGCGGACGCUUUUCUAUACCAAAUGUUUUACAGUUGCCGCAGCUUAAUUCUAAGUAUCUUUUUGAGGAGGAAAUAAAUGGUGAUCAUCACCAUAGACGUCAGUCAGAGCCGAUAAUGGCCCAGCAGAGCAUAGAGCGAAUGACAAGCUCACCUGCUCUCAAUCCUCAAAACAUCCAUAUCAAUAUAAAUCGAGCAACUUCGUGCACCACAACUAAAUCUGAAAAUAAAGAUUGCGAAAUAAGAACAAAAACGACCGCUGUUGGCCAUUCCCGGGAUCAUCAUCCCAAUGAAAAAGUUAACUUAGAUGAGGUUGAAGACCUAAUAUUACCUGAUGAGAUGCUUCAGUAUCUUAAUUUGGUGAACGAACCGGAUAAGCCUACGGCGAUAUCAAUAACAGACAAUAAUGAAAAAUCUUUACUCACCAACAAUUCGCAAUACAUCCCUUUGGCGGCGAAUGGUGGCCAUUCGCCUAUACACCUGGCCAACUGUCCAUCGCCAGUUAUGCAACAGGUGAUGUCGCCCCAAUCAGGACAUACAAUGUCAGCGCUUGGCAGUCCAUACUCUCAGCGAAACUACGAACUCGACGGCGGGAACAACAAUGCAUAUCGUCAGCAACAUACAGUUUACUGUGCACAACGAUCAAAUAAUGAAUCGACUUCGCAGUAUACAUAUGUGCCAGGUCCAGCUCCAGUCCAUGCUUCAGCCCAGAUUCAUCCUCAAAAUCAGCCACAGUCACUAAUCGGCGCGCUUAGUUAUGAACAGCCACAUGACAUAACAUCACAUCAAAAUCAAAUAAUCGAUUCAUCAAUGACCAGUCUGCCGGAAGUAACAAAUGUUGUUACUGCUAUUCCAGUCGAGCAAAAGCUUAACAAUGUUAAUGAGAUACAAUGCGGAGUCGUCAGUCAAUCGCAGUUGUCGCCAACAGUAAAUAUCAAUGGGAAUGAUAAUGCGAACUUCAAUUGUCAGGUCAGAUUUCAAAUUCCCAAUUCAGGGGCAGUGAAGUCUAUUAACGGAGAAGCGCAACAUAAAAUCGUGACGGGCCAACAGACCAGCAACAUGGCUUCGAUGCAUUCCGUUACUUACCAGCGUACGCUGGAAUAUGUACAAAGCUGUCAAAACUGGAUGGAGACGAACAGUGGUAUCUCGGUAGGCAACACUUCGCUGAACACGCCAGCGUCGCUCAAUAAUAACAAUCAACCUAUAUGGCCCGACGUUAGCAGCUCUACGCACCCGCAUCCCAGUACAAAUUUGAUUAUCAACGAUAUGACUACAUCUCUGAGCUCACUGCUGGAGGAGAAUCGAUACCUGCAGAUGAUGCAGUAGUAUUUUUAAUUGUUAUGUUGAUUAUACCUGCCAUGCUGCAUGGU